AUGGAGAAAACUGAGGUGAGAGCGGUUAUUAAAUACUUCUGUUUGAAAAAAAUGUGUACUAAAGAUAUAUACGCUGAAUUAGUGGGCACACUGGGCGAGUCCGCUCCGCCGUAUUCCACAGUGGCACGGUGGUCAAAGGAGUUUAACUUGGGAAGGACAUCCACUCAAGAUGAACAUCGCGAAGGCCGUCCAUCUGUCGCCAUUACUGGAGAAAACGUCAAAAAAAUUCAUGAUCUCGUUUUAACAGAUAGAAGGAUGACUAUCAGGCAUCUAGUUGAGCUCACAGGCAUCUCGUAUGGCAGCAUUCAAAGAAUCUUAACUGAUGAACUACACAUGAAAAAAGUCUCCGCUCGUUGGGUGCCUAGAAUGUUAACGGCUGAACAUAAGAAAAUACGAUGUGAGAUUUCGAAGUCCAAUCUUGACAAAUAUCAAACUGAUCCCGAAAUAUUUUUGCGUCGGUUUGUAACCAUGGACGAGUCUUGGAUCCACCAUUUCGAUCCUGAGACCAAACAGCAAUCCAUGACCUGGAAGCGAGCGUCUUCCCCUACACCGAAGAAAUUCAAGGUAGCAAGCUCCGCUGGUAAGGUCAUGGCUUCAGUGUUUUGGGAUGCUGAGGGAGUCAUAAUGAUUGAAUACCUGGAAAAGGGAACCACUAUUACGGGCUCCUACUACGCUGACCAAAUACGCAGAUUGAGACAGGCAAUCAAAGAGAAGCGGCGGGGUAAACUUCGAGCUGGCAUCCUGUUUCACCAGGACAACGCACCGCCCCACAAGGCCGGCGUUGCGAUGGCUGCCAUUCGUGAUUCAGGGUUCGAAUUGCUGGAACACCCCCCAUAUUCGCCAGACCUAGCCCCCAGCGACUUUUAUCUCUUUCCACGGCUGAAGGAAGAUCUUAGAGGCAACAAAUUUUUGAAUAAUGGCGAGGUAAUGGCCGCCGUGGAGGCAUUUUUGGAGGGUCAAGAAAAAGAUUUUUUUUUAAAAGGAAUUCGUGGUCUGGAGAAACGAUGGUCUAAGUGUGUAGACUUGGAAGGAGAUUACGUAGAAAAAUAA